UCGCGUAAAGUUGAGGUGCCGUGACCGGUGAUUUGUCCGGAAGUGUGGGCGGCGGAGUCCAAGCUCUACCAGGAAUCUUCAUGGCCAAGUUUUACGUCGACACUUCGUCGAGCGCUUGGCCUGCCUUCAUUUCGCGCCCAGCAAAAGAUUUAUUUUCGGGAAAGCUAACUGCCCUUCCAGGAAACUUCCAUGUCAGCGGGUCCUCGUCAACUGGGCUGGGCUUUCUAUAUUCAUGCCAAGCAGGGCGGAGCAGCUGAAACUUGUAAACUCAGUGAACCCCUCGACUGGUUUUUCUUUUUGGUUUGCUACAUCCAUUGUUGCACUGUACAGCGAAAAAUGGUCUUCAACUGUAAAGGGUUUUACUUCGAUGAAGAAGAGGAGGCAUUCCGCAAAAAUUCCGCUGAGAAACGAGCAGAGGAGCUUCCUGUUGAUGAGAAGAGCAAAAAACCCAGAGGCAGCAGGGCGAAACGAGUAGUCCCGGUGGCUAAUGCCGACACCCUGUGUAGUAAUCAGACAGAAUAUGAUGGUGCUGACGACCAAUCAAAGAAGACCUUUAAAGCCAUUAAUGAUUUAGGGGGAGCAAAUUCAAAGAAUGGCUCAAGGAGAUCAAGAGUGGCACCAGAUGAAGAUAGUUUUGAAGAACAAAAGCCCCAGAAUUUUGAGCAGUUCCACCCCUGGCCACCAAAAGGCAAUCAUCGAAGUGAUGACAAGAAACCGAAGGAGAAGAUUGAGAACCCUUCAGCUGAGAAUUUUCUGGACGAGAGUGUUCUGCUGAGGAUCUUGCACUGCAACUGUGAUUCUUGUAGACGGGUGAUUUGUAGAGGAGCCAGGAAAUUUAAAGGGGUUAGUGCAGUGUCUGCAGACACCAGCACAGAUCUAGUGAGAGUGACGGGUAAAAUGGAUGUGAAUGAACUUUUAAUUCAUCUCAAGAAAAAGCUGAAGAAGAAUGUGGAGGUGGUACCUGCUGAAAAAGCCGAUUACCUUGAGAAAGACAGAGAGUAUGAUAGAAACACAGACAAAAUGAUUGACAAUCUCUCAAGCAAAUCAAGAGUAAAGAAGAAAGUGGAACCUGCAAAACUGGAAGAGAUGCUCGCGGAGCAGAACUCUGAGAAUUCUGAACUCUCCUUGCGUCAACUUGGAGGUAACCAUGGCAGUGACUUCAUGGAACCACAUCAGAAGAUAGAGAUCUCAGGGAACCAAAAGACUCACAAAGAGGGUUCAAGUCCGCUGCAUUUGAGAAUCAGAAUGCAUUGCACCUGUGGAGGUUGCACCAAGAAGAUGAAGGAUAUCUUCAAAAGAUUUAAAGGAGUUGACUCGGUUAAGGUACAGUCAGACAAGGAUAUGGUGCGAGUGACAGGAACAUUGGAAUUGGAUAAACUUGUCGUCUACCUUGAAGAGAAGCUCAAGAGGAACGUGGAAGUAAUACCCACUGAAAAAGAUGAAAAUGGUGCCAGUCCCUCUCAAAUAGACACAGCAGGUGUUGGGCACAUUGUAAACAUAACUGACAAUGCCUCAAGGAAAAAGGAACUAUGCCCGGAUGUGCAGGUGAAGAAAAAUCUUGAGAAGACUGAACUUACACUUCCUCGGCCUAGGGAAAGGGAUAGGAAUGAUAAUGAGGUAACGGGUAUGGUGCAUUUGAAGAUCAGAAUGCACUGCCAUGAAGGAUGCAUUCCGCAAACACGAAAAACUGCAAUGGAAUUUACUGGAGUUAAAUCAGUCAAAGUUGACGCAAGUAAGCAUCUGGUGAUCAUGGUUGGUGCAAUUAACGUGAAAGAACUUGUAGUCUACCUGAAAGAGAAGCUGAACCGAAGUGUGGAGGUGAUUUUUGUUCAAAACGACAAUGUAGCUGGUGGCAAUAAAGAUGUGGAGGUGAAUAAAAUAGAGACUCUUAAAGAGCCUGCAGCUGCUCGUGCAGAUGGUAGGAACAACAAGGAUGCAGAGAUCAAGAAAGAAGUUAAGAAGUUAGUUAAGGAUAUAAAAAUCAAGAAAGAAGUUGAGGAUGUGAAAGAGGAGGAUAAAAAGUAUUCUCUUUGUGAUGGAGGAGAUGGUACCAAAGAUGAUAAAGAGGAUAAGAAAGGAAGCCGAGUUGAUGACAAGGUCCAAGAGGCCAAGGGACAUGGAUGUAUAUCUCAUGUUGGGGAAAAGCAUAAAGAGCUUGAAGCGGAAGGUGAAAACCAAACUUAUUAUCAAAAUUAUGGCGAGCAACUUUAUCCUAGAUAUGAGCCAUCUGAUUUUGACUAUACACCAGGGGACCGCAAUUGUGGGAUUCAGAUAUUCAGUGAUGAAAACCCCCAUUCAUGUGCCAUCAUGUGAAGGCUAUGAUCUUGGGUGUUUGACAAAUAUUAUGAAGAUCCAAAGCAUAAGGGCAUACAUGGGUCAAUAAAGAGUGAGGAAACAGAGAGAUUAUUCAUGAAGACAUUGUGCAUUUUUAUGUGAAAAGGGGCAAGAAGGUAAAAGAUUGGAGUGGAUUUGGUGCAAGGGCAUGUUUUAAAUUGAAGUUGAAUGAUGUGGGUCUACUUAUUGUGGAAGGCACUUGAUACUUGAGAAAUAACAGCAAACGGGAGAUAUGGCUUUUCAGUACCAACUCUAGUUGUUGGUAUGCAUUUUUUAGAUUAUUUAGUUUUGCAAGUGUGCAAAUUAUAUAUUCUGUAG